AAAAUGAUUGUGAUAAAAAGACUUUCUCUUUUCUUCUUUUUCGGCCGAGUAAAAUCAAGAGCACAUGCGUCUGAUGAAUAUGUUUUGUCCCACAUUAAAAAAGAAAGUUGGAUAACUUUAUGCUUAAAACCAAGGGGUGCUUCCUGUGCUGGGGGUCGGUUUCCAACUCUCCUUUAAAUGAGAGUGCCUGAUUGUUAUCCCUCUCCCUAUCCUAGCUAUAGCAUCAACAAACAGUGGUCCUGGUUCUGGUCCAGCAGUGACAAUGGAGCUCUGGAAACUACUGGUGGCAUCUGGGUUCUUCUUGGCUUCAUGGGUUUUGGGUGCGGGAGGUGAGAAUCUACCAGCUUGUUCUUUUCCUGCAAUUUACAACUUUGGAGACUCAAAUUCAGACACAGGUGGCAUAUCAGCUGCAUUUGAACCAAUCCGAGCUCCUUACGGCGAAGCAUUCUUUCACAAGCCAGCUGGGAGAGACUCUGAUGGCCGUCUCAUCAUAGACUUCAUAGCUGAGCGCCUAAGAUUGCCAUACUUGAGUGCAUACUUGAACUCACUUGGAACUAAUUACCGGCAUGGUGCAAAUUUUGCCACUGGAGGAUCAACCAUUAGGAGGCCAAAUGAAACCAUUUACGAGUACGGCAUUAGCCCUUUCUCGCUUGAUAUGCAGACAACCCAAUUCCUUCAGUUCAAAGCACGCAGCGCCGAACUUUAUCGCCAAGCCAAGGAUCCCUCUGAUAGAAGCACACUGCCCAAUCCUCAGGACUUCGCAAAGGCUUUGUACACUUUUGAUAUUGGGCAAAAUGAUCUGUCUGUCGGUUUUCGGAAGCUGAGUUUUGAUCAAAUUCGUGCGGCAUUGCCAGACAUCCUCAGCCAGUUAGCCACAGCUGUUCGACGUAUAUAUGAACAAGGGGGCAGGUCAUUUUGGAUACACAACACAGGUCCCAUCGGUUGCUUGCCAGUAAAUCUAUUCUACAAUCUGAAUCCGCCACCAGGCUAUCUUGACGACCAUGGCUGUGUCAAGGGCCAGAAUGACAUGGCCAUAGAGUUCAACAGGCAACUCAAGGACAGAGUGAUCAAACUAAGAGCUGAGCUCCCACAAGCUGCAAUCACAUAUGUGGAUGUCUAUGCUGCCAAGUAUGGACUGAUUAGCAAUGCAAAAACUGAAGGAUUUGCUGAUCCAAUGAAGGUUUGUUGUGGGUACCAUGUGAAGUACGACCAUGUCUGGUGUGGGAACAAAGGAAUGGUUAAUGGAAGUGAAGUAUACGGUCCUUCUUGUCAAACUCCUUCGUCUUACAUCAGCUGGGAUGGAGUUCACUAUACUCAGGGUGCCAACCAGUGGGUUGCUAAUCAUAUACUUGACGGCUCGUUGUCAUCGACCCCGCCAACUCCAAUCACUCAAGCUUGUCAACGGAGUUAAGAGUACUACAGCAAUAUGGGGUUGGAUAUUGAGCUAGGAAAGCAAUUAUUAUUAUUAUUAUUAUUAUUAUUUUGAGAAGGUUAGCAAUUAGUAACAAGAUGUAUUACACGAGAAGAGACAUAUAGACUCGAGAGUCUUUGAAAAUCUUCAUCACGAGGAUAUGGAAUUCAAAUGAUGACUGCUUCAAUCAGUUUUUUCUUU